AGUACCAGGUUGCCUGACUCCAAAAAGGCAUUCCAGUGAAUUUGUCCUGAGUCCAGUCUUGGUUUCCAUACUCAUAUGUCUGACAGCCACAGUAUGUGUAAUGGGUACUGCUUUAGUAAUUAGAGCUAAAUUCCAUCAAAAGCCAUCAGUCUGUCUUGAAGCUGCAUGCCCAGAACACUGGAUUGGUUUCCAAAGAAAGUGUUUCUAUUUUUCUGAUGACACCAAGAAUUGGACAUUCAGCCAGAGAUUUUGUAACUCACAAGGUGCUGAUCUUGUUCAAGUUGAAACUCUCCAGGAACUGUAUUUCCUAUUAAGGUAUAAAGGCCCCUCCGACCACUGGAUUGGGCUGAGCAGAGAACAAGGACAACCUUGGAAAUGGACAAAUGGCACUGAAUGGACCAGCUGUUUUCCUAUUAAAGGAGGAGGAGAAUGUGCCUAUUUGAAUGACAAAGGGGCCAGUAGUGCUAGGCAUUACUCAGAGCGGAAGUGGAUUUGUUCAAAACCAGACACAUAUACCCAAAUGUGGAGGCAAAACCUCAAAUGAUUUUCAGAUGCACAUUUGUGGAUACAUGGCUCUUCAUUGAAAUAUAAUUGCUUUACACUCUUGGAGCACUUUUUCAGAUCAGAGUUAAAUCAGUGGGCUUUGAGUAAAGAAGAUUGCUCUCCAUAAUGUGGGUGGGCCUCAUCCAAAGAGUUGAAGGCCUUAAUAAAACAAAGACUGACUCCUCCCAAAUAAGAAGGAAUUCUGGCAGCAGAUGACCUUUUAACUUGGACUGAAACAUCAACUCUUCUUUGAGUCUCUAGUCUGACAGCUUUUGGACUUGAACUGCAACACUGACUCUUCCCUGAGUCUCCAGCUUGUUGACCUUCCUUGCUGAUUUUGGAUUUACCAGCCUCCAUAAUCACAUGAGCCAGUUCUUCAAAGUAAAUCAUUCUAUUAGUUCUGUUUCUCUGGGGAACCCUGACUGACACAGAGCAAACUUUGACUAAAGGGGACAGGAGACAGGGAGAACACGAGAUGCAUUCCCUGUCUAUUUCCUCUACCUACUUGGCUAGGUGAUUUG